AUGUCCGCGGCCCCAUUGCUCACCACCUCCAGCCGCCGCAAGCAGGCCGAGCGCGCCUCCAAGAUCGCAACCCUGCCAGCAGAGUACCAAUCGCCACUGCUGCCCGCCGAACGCACCAUCCUGCGCAAGCCCAUCCAGGCGCUCGUGCAAGAAGUCCACGGUCAUGUCACCGAUCCCGUCGACGUCCUGCGCACAUACGCCAAGGUUGCAGUGGCCGCGCAACACAAAACGAACUGCUUGACCGAGAUUCUGUUUCCCGAGGCUGAGCGGUGGCUCGACAAGGGCGAGAUCAACCUCCAAGGCCCACUCGCUGGCAUCCCCAUCUCCCUCAAGGACUCCAUUGCCGUCGGCGGCUUUGAUGUCAGCGUCGGCUACUCGUCCAACACGGGCAAACCCUACGAGAAAGAUGGGACCAUGGUCCGUAUCCUCAAGGACGCUGGUGCAAUCCCCUUCGUCAAGACCAACCUCCCCGUCACCCUCUUGUCCUUCGAGUCCACUAAUGAUGUCUGGGGCCGCACUACGAACCCACAUAACGACAAAUACUCGCCCGGCGGCUCGACGGGGGGAGAGUCCGCUCUGCUUGCCUUCGGCGGCAGCCGCAUUGGCAUCGGUUCCGACGUCGCGGGUUCAGUAAGAGCCCCCGCCCACUUUUCUGGCUGCUACUCGCUGCGCUGUUCGACCGGCCGCUGGCCAAAGAUGGGCAUGAACACUAGCAUGCCCGGCCAGGAGGGCAUUGCCAGCGUCUUCAGUCCCAUGGCGCGCACCCUCGAUGACCUGCACUACUUCACCGCCAGCUUCAUCCGUAUGAAGCCCUGGAAGUAUGAUCACACCGUGCACCCCAUUGAGUGGCGGCAAGAUGUUACCGCAGAGUACUUGGAGAAGAAGAGACUCCGAGUUGGAGUGAUGAGGACUGACGGCGUUGUUGAUCCCAGUCCUGCCUGCGCUCGUGCCCUGCAGCAGACGGCUGCAGCACUCCGCGCCGAAGGCCAUGACGUUUUCGACGUGACGCCGCCGUCGCCCUACGAGGCGCUGAAGAUCGCUUCACACCUGCUCAACUCUGACGGCUGCCGCACUUUCCUGUCUUUCUUCCGCACCGGUGAAUGGAACGAUGCCGGUGCUGACCAAAUGGCCUUUUACAUGCAUUUGCCCCGACCGCUCAAGUACCUACAUUACUUGUGGGUCAAGUACGUCAAGCGGGAUCCCAUGUGGGCGGACCUUCUCUCUGGCUGGCAUGAGAAGAGUGCGUAUGAGCAUUGGCAGCUGGUAUCGAAGCGAGAGGCCUACAAAGCCAAGUGGCACGACUGGUGGGAACAAGAGGCGAAGAUGGACAUCCUGUUGACGGCCCCAAAUGCCACGCCUGCUGUCCCUCACGAUGGAAUGAAGGAGGCAGUGAGCAGCUGCGGAUACACUUUCUUGUUUAACUUGCUUGACUACACCUGCGGCAUCAUUCCCGUCACGCACGUCGACCGCGUCAUUGACGCCUUGCCUGCCUCGUUUAAUCUCAAGAAACUCAACGGUAUCGCGAAGGGCGCAUACACUCACUAUGACGCCGUCAAGAUGGAAGGCCUGCCUGUUGGCGUGCAGGUUGUUGGCCAAAGGCUCGAGGAGGAAAAGGUCCUCGCUAUCAUGGAGAGAAUAGAAGAUGUUUUGGAGAAGAAUGGACAGAAGUACCAGUUGUUGGAAGUUGAAUAG